AAAUUUAGUGGCUAAUCAGGCAAGUUUUCAUCGUUGUAGAUGUGCAUAUGUUGGGGGAGUUCCAUAAACUCUGGGUCCAGGGGAUCAGAUUUCAUUGUGACAUCAUUGGUCCUUGUUUAAGCAGUGAAACAGAAAACUAAUCCUUUGGAAAAGGCGAACACCACCAGCACAACUUAAGCUGAAAGAGAUACUUGGAACACUGGAAGCAACCGAGCAGUGGAUUUCGAAUGAACGAUCAGCUUUGCCCUGUCUGACAUGAGGCAAAACACUGACAUGAAGAUGUCAACAAAUAGGCAAAUCUAGGACUUCUGCGAAGUUGGAAUUUGCGGGUGGAUUUAUUUUAGGCAGUGAAGACUUCAUGGUUUUGAAAAGGAGCAAGUAGUGAAUGCUAUUCUAUCACCCUAGGGAUGGUGACAUGCAAAUCUGACAAACGGGUGCCAAGAUCCAGUGAGCUAGGGAGAAUGUCUCAACCUGCUACCUUAGCUUCUCUACAAGUCACCUUUCUUGUGCUAUUUCUCUGCUGGGAUGCACUUAUUUCGGCACUGCCCAUUGGUCCUGAUUACUUGCAGCGUGGCUGGCAGAGGCUUCUAGAGGAAGGGGAGAGUUGUGUGGAAUGUAGAUUGGAAGAAUGCCCUGUCCCUCGUGGUUGCCUGGCUGGAGUGGUCCUGGAUGCCUGUGAUUGUUGUUGGGAAUGUGCAAAUCUAGAGGGACAGAUCUGUGACCUGGACCAUACCAACCACUUCUAUGGCAAGUGUGGGGAUCACUUAGAGUGCCGUCUUGAUUCAGAAGACCUGCAACAUAGUGAAGUGCCUGAGCCCCAGUGCACUUGUCUGUCUAACCAAGCUCUUUGUGGCUCUGAUGGCAAAACGUAUACUCAGAUCUGCAAAUUCCAAGAGGUGUUUAAUUCCAACCCUGAGGCUAAUCUCACUGUAGCUCAUGAAGGACCCUGUGAAUCAGAACCCCGUAUUAUAUCUCCUCCUUAUGAUAUCUGGAACACCACUGGGCAGGAUGUAAUCUUUGGCUGUGAAGUCUUUGCAUUUCCCAUGGCAUCUAUUGAAUGGAGGAAAGAGGGUCUGGAUAUGCUGCUUCCUGGAGAUGACCCUCACAUUUCAGUUCAGUUUAGGGGAGGUCCUCAGAAGUAUGAGGUAACCAGCUGGCUUCAAAUCCAAGCUGUGCGGUUGACUGAUGAAGGAAGGUAUCAUUGCUAUGCAAGGAACAGUGUUGGACAAGUGGCAGCUCCUGCCAGCCUUAUGGUACUCACUCCUGAUCAACUGAAUUCAACUUCAUUGGCUCUACUCAAAGGGACCAACCUGGGAUCAAAUGAUGACUGGGAGAGUGAUGAAUCAUAUGAUUAUUACUGAAAAGGACAUACUGUAUAUAGAAUAGCACUCAGAAUGCAGGGUCAUGUGUAUUCUUUCCCAUUUGAACAUUUAUUUCAUCAUCAACUGGUGCCCCAGUUCCAGAGAAUAAUAAUUAAUAUGGAAACUUUAAGGUGAUUUUAAGGAAGCCAAAGGAAAUUUUUCUAUGGAGAACUUUAGUACAAUAUAAGUUAAUUCUGGGUAGACAAAAUCAAUAUACUUAAUCGUAUGACCUAUCCCUGGAUGACAAGUACAUCAAAGCAGGUAGAAGAGAAGAAGUAUUUGUAUUUAACUAAUGCAAAUCAAAUGGACAUUAAAAAGGAUUUUGAUUAGCUU